AUGAACUGCAAAGGUAUCCAAAGAAUUCUGUUGAGUUUUGGCAAUGUUCAGUUGACAUUGCAAGACAUGAAGACCAUCCCUGAAGCAUUCAAAGGCAAGAAGAAAGGAAAGGUUUUCCUCACACAGCAGAGGGUGAUAUUCAUACCAAGUGAUCAGUCCAAACCAAUGAAGUCUUUCUCAAUGCCUUUCAAUUACAUGGAAAGAUGUACUGUCGAACAGGGCUUCUUGGUAUCCAAUUACAUCAAGGGUAAAAUUCAUGCUCAGCCUGGGGGUGGCUGGGAAGGAACAGCAACUUUCAAACUGUCGUUCAAUUCAGGAGGAGCAAUUGACUUUGGAAAGGCAAUGAUAGAAGUUGCCUCUCAUGCAUUAAAAGGUCCAUCACCUUACACACCUGUGGUAUAUGUCUAUGAAACAAUUAGUGUUAUACCAACAAGAGGCAGCAGAUUUUUUUCAUCAACUACUCCAGUUGUAGAACAAAGUCAACAGCAAUACACAUAUGUUCCUGGACCACCACCACCAGCAGGUGGUUACUAUGCACCAGUUCCUCCUAUGUAUGCUCCUUAUGGACCUCCACCUCCAGCGUAUUUUGGAAUGCACCCUCCUCCAAAUUAUGCUCCAGCUGGAACAUCAGGCUACACACAGCCCCCUAUGAUGACUACAGCUGGAAUGCCAGGCAGUUUCAAUCCUUCAGCUCCUCAAACAUAUGCUUUCUCAUCUCCACUGACCAGCCCUGAUCAUCCAGUUCCUCGCACUGCAGGAACACCAUCUGAUUUCAAUCCCCCCAUAACUUCAUUGCCUAAUUAUUAUUCAUCUCCAUUGAGCUCGGAUUCACAGCUGCCUGGUCAGAGCACUGAAACAGCUGAUAACACAGGGAAAGGGGCAGCCAAAUCGUAG